AUGGCAACCUCAUACCUGACGGAGUCACUGGCAGGACCAACAAGUGCCCGAGGAUCAUCAUACUCUUACUCCUACGAAUCACACUACGAUAACCCACCGGAGGAGGAAUACGAACACUUUACGAAUGAUGAUGGGGUACAUCAGAUGCAGAAAGUGAGCUAUUUCGAAUUUGAAAUGUUAUUAAGGCGAUCAACUAAACUAUGA